CUUUUUUCGUUGAUUUGAUUUGAUUUGAUCGAGUGCAUACUUAUCUUGAAUCUUCUUCUCCGUUCUCGGAUAACCCACCUAAGCUUAGGGUUUUGUUGCCGCUUGGCCGCUUUGGGUUCGCCGGAGAUCCCAUUUCCUCGAUGGAUCACGGCAGCGGAGGAUUCUACCGGAACGAGGCGAUAUCUGCCGUUCAGGACGAGGACCAGUUGUACGGGGAGGACGAAGACUACGAUGACCUUUAUAGCGAUGUCAACGUUGGGGAGGGGUUUCAUCAGACCUUCCACGGGGGAGAUAACGUGAGGAGGUCCGGGGAAGAGAAGGGAAGCGAACCCCUCCCACCGCCAGUGUCACCGCUGAUGCCUCGGAUUGUGCAGCAGCAGCAGCAGCAGCUGGUGGUAGAGACUUCAGAGAAGAUCCAGAUCCCGGGUAUUGCUGGAGAGGCAAAGAUCGAGCGUGCUGUUGUUAGAUCUGGAGCUUUCCAGGAGCAGGGUUUCACGGGAGUCGACGAGUCCAUGGUUGCACCAAGACUGGCAGCGGCCCCUCCUCCACAACCGCCUGUGCCGACUGGUAGGCCUGAUAUCGGCCAUCCUGCUGGUGGAUUUCAACAGAUCCAGAGUGUUAAUGACAACGAUAGCUUCCAAAUUGAGAGUUUCCAGAGGCAAGGAGGUGGCUUUGGGAACGAGGGUUUUCAGAGGCAAGGAGGUGGUGUAGGCAAUGUUGUGCCUGUUGUCAAUGCUAAUGGAGGGGACGCGGGUGGAAGUGGCGGAGCUGGUGGGACUACUCUUUUUGUUGGGGAUCUCCAUUGGUGGACCACUGACGCAGAGCUUGAGGCUGAGCUCUGCAAAUAUGGGCAGGUGAAAGAAGUUAGAUUCUAUGACGAGAGGGCAAGCGGAAAAUCAAAGGGAUACUGUCAGGUUGAUUUCUACGAUCCAAUUGCUGCAACUGCUUGCAAGGAAGGUAUGAACGGGCAUAUUUUCAAUGGAAGGCCUUGUGUUGUUGCCCUGGCUUCACCAUUCUCUGUUAGAAGAAUGGGUGAGAGCCAAAUGAACAAGAAUCAACAGGUGACAAGCACAUCUCAACCACCGGCACCUCCUCAGAAGGGUAGAGGAGGUGGUGGGCCUCCAGUUGGUAACAAUUUUGGACGUGGCGGCGGAGGUGGCGGCGGCGGCGGAAAUUGGGGAAGAGGUGGUGGAAUGGGAAACCGCGGGCCAAUGAAUAACAUGAGAAACAGGAUGGGUCCAAUGGGUGGAAGAGGUAUCAUGGGAAAUGGCGGCAUGGUUCCACCACCACCACAAGCUUUACAUCCUGGUUCUAUGCUUGGUCAGGGAUUUGAUCCAAUGGGUUAUGGAGUGGCAAUGGGGAGAAUGGCUGCUGGUUUUGGAGGAUUCCCUGCAGGGGCAGCUGGUGCUCCUUUUCCUGGAAUGAUGCCUCCAUUUCCUCCUGUCGUGGCUCCUCAUGUCAAUCCAGCUUUCUUUGGACGGGGGUUGGCUCCUGGAGGUGUCGGAAUGUGGUCUAAUCCCAACAUGGGUGGUUGGGGAGGUGAAGAUCAAUCAAGCUAUGGGGAUGAUGCUGCUUCUGAUCAGCAGUACGGAGAAGCAAGCCACGGAAAGGAUUGGAUGGCUGAAAGAGAUCGAUAUGGUGGUCCUGAAAGAAGAAAUGAAAAGGAGAAUGAAAUGGGUUCUGGACAAGAUUGGCCAGACAGAAGACACCGGGAUGGGAAGGAAAGAGAUUCAGAGAGAGAAAAGGAGAUGAGUAGGGAGAGGGAUAGAGAGCGAGAAAGGGACAGAGAUAGGGAGAAGGAGAGAGAAAGAGAUAGGGAAAGAGUACGAGAAGGUGAUCGAGAAGGUGAUCGGCAUCGGGAUGAUAGAGACAGACAUGGCGACCAUUAUAGGCACAGGGAUCGUGGACCAGAGCGUGAUGAUGAUUGGACUAAAGCAAGAUCAUCUAGGCCUCGCAGCAGGUCACGGGAAGUUGAACAUUCAAAAAGGCGGUAGCAGUCACCUUAAUAAUCCAACCUCUUUGCAACUUUCUCAGCACAAUAGAUAUUUUAUUAGAUGCUGCCUUGAUUGCUGGUCCCAGAUACUUCAAUUUGGGAAUACUUAUAAGGGUCUGGCUCAUUCACUUGACUGAAGAAGGUUACUUGGAUGAAGAUACGAGGGGAGGAGGAAGUGACACCAAAGAUGCAUAAAAUCAUAAGUCUCAUAUGUAAUUUUAUAUUUCUGUCUCCCCUCCUUAACUUUCCGUCCAAGUAAACAGACCUUUAUGCCUUGUUUAUCCUGGAGGAAGAAUUCAUUUCCAUGGACGAGCACAAUUUUUAAGGUGGAAAUGGAUUCCUUCCUCCAUUUACCCACAUUGAAAACUCGGAGGAAGGAGGAAGUUAGAUUGGUUCCUGUAGAAUCCUUUUUCUCCCAUCCCAAGUUCUUAAGGGAUUCUAUGGAAGAGAUCACAAAAUAUCUUCUUUGCCUCGAACACAGUGCAGCAAGGUCCCCAUCUGUGCAGUGAGAUGCUUCGUGGAUGAGACUGUGAUGUGGCAACAGAGAGGCUGCGGUGAGAGGUGGAGGCUCUGCACUGAGAUUGGCAGCAGUGUAGUGAAGUCAAGCUAUGCUACAAGAUCAAUGGCACUGUGUAGGAGGCACUGUGGUGCGGCACAACAGAGACGGUUGGUGUGGGCAGAGAUAAGCACAAGAUCUCUGCACUACAGCGAGCACAAGGUCAGGAUGAUGAGUACUCUUCUCUAUGGUGAUAACAAACAUAUGGUCAUACAUAGAUCAGGUAACACUUAGUCGAAGAAAUAGGAAGGGAGGAGGUGGAAGUUGGACUGCCUGACCAGCAGCCACAGUUUUCUGCUCGAUGAAGAACACGUCGCCAUCAGAAGGGAGGUGGUGGCUUAGUGGAUGCACCAAGAAUGGAUGAACUCCCUAAUUUCAGAAGUAAUUUAGUCAUUUGAAUCUCCUUUGAUCUUUUGUUUCCUUUAAGGUAAAUUAGGGUGAUCCAAUUUUUAUUAUCUUCCUUUCUUUUCUUUUAUCUCUUGAACUUGCUUCCUUUUCUUUUUCCUCCUUUGAAUUAUUAGUGUUUCUGCAUUUUCUUUUCCUAUUUAUUUUUGCCUCUUGAUAUUUCAUUAAAUUAUUAUGACCAUCGAAUAUGCAAAUUUUGUUUGUAAUUUGUAAAGAUUAGCGCUUGAAAGAAUUCUAAGACUAUUAUGGGUAUUUGUAAAUUUGAUUGGGCAAUGGACCAAUCAGUCUCAUCUCACCAACUUCUCUCUAGUUUCAUCUCCUAUUUUCCUUCUAUUUUUUGGUUGGAUGGACCUGUUAAUUUAAAAUGCAUUGACUCUUUAUACUUCUUUGUCCUUGCAGCUAGAAGAAGAUGCUUUUAUCGCCUGAGCUACCUUU